CAUUUUCAUUAGGUAAUGACUUGAGUAAAGGGAUGAGAUACAGUUUGGUACGUGAUAGGCGAGGUAACCCGAAGUUGGCUUUUUGGUAACCAACGUACGUUGGAUGAUGAAUUAACACCCACCAACAAUACCUAUUAAUACCCUCGCACUAACACAUGCAACAGCUAACAUCUGGAUGCGAGUUAUUACGCCCCUAAUAACAUUAACUAACAUACGUACAUAAAUAGGCGCAUAGAUGUGUCCCCAUAUGUAUAAAUAUUCGGUGGAUAGGUAGCCAUGCAUAAGAAAUAUUUCUUUCGCGCACCUUUUCAGAUCAAAAUAUAAUCUAAGUCUUUCCCUUCCCAUUCUUCUAGUCAUCAUAAACGUGUUUCGAAUAAGUACCUUCCAGGUACAUUAUCGUCAUUAUCAUCACCAUGAUAUACCAGCAUCUAAGUUAUUUGGGUCUAAUAGCCCUGGGCAUUUAUGCAGCCUUAGCUAGCGACAGUGAACACGAUGAAGUUCCAUCAUCCGAUAUCGAGUUCUUCAAUGGGCGUAGAGUAGCACCGUUGAUGAUACGAGGAGUUAUCGAGCCAGGGGGUGCUGAGAGAUCAUUCAAUGGUACUAUCGAAGAAAUCGAGAGUCAAAUUAGGGGCAUCAACCCAACCUUCUCGUGGAAAGAAUUCCGACCCAGCAAGCGAAACGUCGUUGAAUCUCCAAGAAAGAGACAACUAAGCAAGAUACUCUGUCACGUCCAAAACCUACAGCCUGCCCCAAGAGACGGCAUUGACGCCCUCGUUAAUUGGCUAAACCAGAUAGCGUCAGAGCUCCCUGUGGACGGCAAUCGCUGCACUAAGUAUUCCUGCCAAAAGAAUGCGGCAUUGUGGUUUUGCAACGAUAACCCCUGGUGGAUCCAGCAAAACAGUAUCACUCUUGCAAACUACGUUACCGCGAUUGCGGAUGAUACGGACUGUGAGACUUCAGGCAAUAAAGAUUUAAUCCAGGGCCAAGCAUUCGACACGGGAGGGUUUAAUGUCAUUAUCAAUGGGGACAAUUGUCCCUGACCUAGGUCAAAUGGACACCCUUUUGUUGUUUUUUCCAUGAUCGA